AUGCCGCCGCUUCGGGGUGAGGCAGUUCAAGUAGUUAAGGUUAAUGAGGAAGGUGGAGAGAACAUCUUAGAAUUAGAUGAAAAGGCGCUUAAGCGCAUACUCUGCAAGCCUGAGGUGCAGCACAAGAAGGUCGUGGUCGUGUCAGUCGCCGGGGCGUUUAGAAAGGGAAAAUCCUUUUUACUUGACUUUUUCUUGCGAUACAUGGCAUCGAACAGCGCUGAGAAUUGGCUCGGAGACCCGAAUGCCCCGCUCGUUGGAUUCCACUGGCGUGGAGGGGCGGAUAGAGAUACUUCAGGCAUUCUUAUGUGGAGUGAACCGUUCCUUGUGAAGUUACCGACGGACGAAGAAGUGGCCGUCCUCUUUAUGGAUACACAGGUACCAGCAAAGUUUCCUUUCGAUCUGUGCUGUAGGGCUCCUUUGAUUCUAGGAGUACAGUGAAACAGUGCGCAACCAUUUUUGCCCUGAGCACUAUGCUAAGUAGCAAACAAGUGUACAAUAUUCAUGGAAAUUUGCAAGAGGACAAUCUGCAGCACCUUCAGUUCUUCACAGAAUAUGGCCGCAUCGCCCUGGAGUCCGGAUCUAGCGAAACUCCCUUCCAGGUAAUUUCGAAGUGUCUCCUGCUGACUUCCAAGUUGUUGGCCACUUAUGCGUGGGCAACUUGUUUCACGGGUGUCGUAACGUCAGCGGAAUUGGCAUCCUAGGGGUCUCACACAUGACCUUUUAACUCAUUAGCGGAUCAUGCGCUUGUCUGUAUAUUGUUUCAGACUCAAGCUGCUGGGGAGGCAUGGCCUGCUAAACAGUUCUAGUGCUACCGCAACCUCUUCCAUCUUUGUAGUAAACCUGCAUUCCCUCGAAUCGUCGGUUUCUGAUCGAAUUACCAACCGACUGUUGGUAACACAUUAUCGCCAAACGUUAGAGCCUGAUUCAUCUGGAGAUUGUGAAUUUAGUCUGGGUAUGUGGCCGGGGAUUGUAUUUCAGUAAAGGGACCAUCUAUAGGCUAAAAGUGAUGCCUGAAUUACCCCGCCCUUGAUAGCCCGCCACUAUUGAUAUCAGGUUGAGGUGAAAUCAAAUUUCUUUGACCUACCGCAAUCAACCCGCGUCGUCAUCCUCCAAAAUAUACGACUCCCUAAAAUAUCUAGUUCGGAAAAUUGUGACCCUCAGUUAUGCCGUCUUGGUUGCUCCCAUUCCAAAUCAUUACCAUAUUUUUUAAAACAUACACAAAACACUGUUUUUUAACCUCACACUGAUCUUUUUCCUCGCUUUGGGUAAAGUGGACAUUUCCGUAUGAGUCACAUCACAUAUUUUCCUCUAAGUGCCCAAGCUUUCUCUUCGUCUAACCUAGAACUGUGUAAAAGAAUGCUGCAUAGUUUGUGAUAUCGCUACUGUCAAACAUCUCGCUCUGUACGAGACCUAUCGUUCGCCUUGUAAAUUAUUGGCAUAGUUCUCUGCAUGUUCCUCCACCAAACUAAGGGAAAAAAUAGAAUUACGUAUGUACCACGCCCAUAUGAUGACUUUGUAAACCUAAAAUUCCUCUCCUUACUUUGAGUACACUUCCAAACCGUCCCUUGAACACGCGUAUUCAAUAAGCUCUGCAAAAUUUGCACAACCUGAAUUGUUUAAUAACGGGAAACAAUUUAUAUGGCGGUAAAAUACCGCGAUACAAAGCACCUACAACUAUAAAACAGGUCCCUACUUAGGACGGGAAAAAUCAUUCCAUUGGCCCCUCGAAUUUGCGUUGGUGUUCGACAGCUCAUGCUGUAAGGCGUGACCAUCAUCCCCUAUCACCUGUUCUUCUAGCUGUGCAAGUUUCACCUUCGUACAGUCUCGAAUGAGGAAUGUUUAUAAUCCUUUGGUCAAUCAAAACUUAUGCAACUCAACAUUUAUUAGUCAUAUUUGAAAAGUGUAUCAGAAAUAUGUAGAAGUAACAAGCAGGCCAAUUUGAAACAAAUUGACUACGUUUCCUAAUAAUAUAAUUAUGGCAAAAGAUCAGAUCGUGCCAUUUCGGUAGACGAAACACCGAUUUUUCUCACUGAUUUCUUUUCCCUACAGCACUUGGAAUUCCUAAUCCGGGAUUGGAGUUACCCCUACGACUAUCCUUUCGGCAGCGUCGGUGGCAUGGGUCUUUUAAAUAAGCGACUAGAGGUACUCCGUGUUCUUUGCCCUUGGUAUUAUUCUUAUUUAUCCUGCCAUCUUGUUAUUGUACCGUCUUGUGUUAUAUCUUCGGUUAUUGUGGUCGAUUACAAUAUUUGGUUUACUUUCGGGACCACGAACAUACGGUGCUUAUGAGACGCCAUCUGUCUAAAAUGCUUUCAAGAUGUAACAGAACUUGGGUAGGUUACUAUUUGCUGAUUCAAUUUCCGGUAAAAUUACUCGAAGUUGUUACCUAGAUUUAUAAUGCAUUAGACAAAGUAUAUAGGCGACACUAAACAAUAUUUCACAGGAAAGCGAGCACACCAAACCAGCCUCAUAGGGCGUUCUACGUUAAGCCUAGAACCUAGAAUAAGGGUGACCACCCUAGGUGCUUUGUUAUGAAGACAGGGAACGUAAUUUAGGUUAUGGUAGUCCUGUGAGGGGAAAUCAGAGCAAAAUGCAGUACCGGUGUCACAAGGACCACAAAUUGAGACAGUCUCGGUUGUCGCGCUGAGAAGUUCUUUUUAUAAGAAUCGCAAUACCCCAGACAAGCUUUUUGUUCGCGAGAAGUGCCUUGAUACUUGUUAAUCUUAUUCGAUACUGGCUCAUCAUUUUAGGCGGUGCUUCCGAAGGUUUGAUUAACACAUAGCAGCCACUUUCUUUAUCUCGCAUUGAGUCAGGACUUACCAUUUCGCACUAAAAUACGUCCGCCAAGAUGGAGAAGCUCACCAAAUCGGCUUGGAAUUAGCAAACUUGCAGACGGGCUCUUACUCAUACAAAACUUAUGUGCCAAAAAUAACAUUUUUUACGGAAAAAAUUUAACUAAAGAUCUUUUCGAUUUUGUGUCCGUUGGCUUUUCUGAUCAAGAUGUCGUGACGGAGCUGUAUUUCUACCGGAGUUUAUCGAUGUCUAUUAGAAAGGGACUUUGAAUGUGUGAUACAAAAACCUGACUUGGAAACACGUGAACUUGCAACCAGGCAAUAUCAACGUUUUCGUGACGCUAUCUAACAAUAACAGUUCUCUAGACAUUGUCGCAUAAAUAAAAACACUGCCUCACGCCUUAGUCUGCACUGUAAACAGAAAUUCCUCCCGUCUCUUAAAGUAUUGAUUUCUACCAGCCUGACAAGUUCCACCUACUUUUUAUCGACAGACGCCCCGAGCUCCCAUCAUUUGCCUGUUUGGAGUUUUCCAUGUUUCGUGCUAGACUCUUCUGUGCAAAUCGUCCAUCCCGAUAACUAAUUGGAUGACUGUAGUCUGCAUGUAGUGAAACUCGCAUAGCCACCAAACUGCCACCACAUUUACACCGGUCGGGCUACCCGAUUGCGAAGGGAUUAACUGGUUCCUUUCGGUGUUUUUAAAACAUAGAAAGUCCCUGCAAUAUGCUUGGUUAAUUUCCCUCGCUUACCCAAGGAUUUACUUAGAUGCUUGCACAGCCUUAAUUAGUUAUGCUUUCUUUAACACGUGUACGGUUUGUUCCCAAUAAACCCCGCGUCUUCUACCUCUCAGAUCACUCCUGGAAUGCAUCCUGAACACGUUUCCCUUCGAAACCACAUUGUGUCCUGUUUCUCGCGUCUUCGUUGCUUCCUGAUGCCACACCCGGGCUUGCGGGUGGCCACCAGUCCGAAUUUUGAUGGUCGUCUUGCAGACAUUGAUCCUGAAUUUGUGGAACAACUCCGAGACUUUGUGCCCCUCCUCCUAUCACCGGCCAACCUCGAUGUGAAGAUGAUUCACGGCCAAUCAGUUACUUGUCGCGACCUCAUGGAGUACUUCAAGGCGUAUGUUAAAAUCUACCAAGGUGGCACCCUUCCGGAACCCAUGUCAACUCUGCAGGCUACGGCUGAGGCGAACAAUCUGACCACCCUUAUCCGUUGCAAGGAGCAAUACAUUCGGCAGAUGAACGAGGUGAGAACUCGUCUGCUGUUCGCUUGAUCCAGGCAGCUUCAUAGUCUGAGACCUCUUCGUUAUGGACAACUCAUUCCAGUGCAGUGUAGAGAAUAGAUAAUUGAGUCAAAUUUUACCGUGCGGACUAGUUACAUGUCUUCCGAAGGAUUUGUCACAAUUAAUUACGAAAUGGGACCGUAUUUACACAAUGUAUUUUUUCUUCAAAACCAGAGGCAAACCACAAAGUAUACAAAAAAGAAUGUAUGGGGCAAAGUCAGAUUUGCUCCGUUAUAAUAUCUACUCAAAACUUGUGGCACUUGGCGGCGCAGUUGCUUAGUUCAACUUAUAAUACUGACACUGCUGAAUCCAAUCCUAGGUCAGGCGGUUCAAGAGUUUCAGUGAAAGGACUACGGUCGUACUGAUAACCGAAUGCACCGGGCUUCUUUAAAUCUUAUCUUGCGUAAAACCAGCACAAGUAUGUUUAUUUCGCUGUUUUCGAUCAUUUCCUGCGUUCUAGGCUUGCCUUUGCAUGUGACUUAUCAGUCAAGGAAAUGAUAAAAACCAAAAAUAACAAUCUCAGGCUAACCUUGUCGAUCGGUCGUCGUUUUUGUCCCAUUUAAUAAAACUUUCGAGUUCAUCCGCUUUUUUGAAUUACACACGCGGAUUUCUUUAUCACAUAUUUCCGCCAAUUACACAAAAAUUAUGAUCUUCCGAGCCCAGCAGACAGGCCUGUCAACCUUACUAUCCAUUGAACUUAAUAAUUGCCGUUGAUAGUACAGGCUGCUGGGGCUGUGAAGACGCCACCUGAAUGUCGCACUCGCUUAUCAGCCAGCGCAUGAAUAAUUAUCCACACUAACUUGACUUAACUGAAUCCAGAUUUACACUUUCUGUUAAAUAUCAAAAACGCAUAUUUUUUGGACGUUUUCUCCCCCAUUUUCCUUGUCUGUGGCUACUUUGAUUUUGGUGGUCCAGACCUAGUCGGUAUUUGGCUAAUAUUGCUCAAACUCAAGUGAAGCCAACUUACCUGUUGUCAUGUAUUUGACCUCCCCUCCCCCUUUCACAACUUUUACAGCGCCAAUCCACUUGAUUAGUCGAUACAGUUGUUCAAGGCGGGGCCUGCAGGGUUCAGUAGCCCACUACUUACCCUUUGAAGAACUCUGUAUGGCUGGAGACAAUCUCGGGGCGUCUGUUGGGUGGUGAGGGACGGAUUAGACGCGGUUAUUGCGGCCAGCGUGCAUCGUACUUCUCAUCCGUAUAAUGAAUGCAUUGGCCAUAAUCAUGCUUAAUCCAGCCGACCUUAACCAGGUCAGAGAAGGUGAUCUGCUCACUCAAAGACAACUGGCAGCCCAAACCACUUCUAUCGUCUUCUCAGGGUGCUCUGGAACAUUCUCGCGAUGUUGUUGCAGCGAAUGUGGUCUGCUUCAUCCAGGGCAAAGUCUGUUUACUCUACUGGAAAAAAUCGUUCUCAGGCAGCAAUGACCUAAGAACUUAAGUCUGCCCUCGUUUUCCACGCACACAGCCCAUCAUUUAGAACCGUAAAAGGGACCGACCCGAUGGGAUAUCGCUACGGGUUCAGGGACUCUGAGCAGCUUGCAAUAGCCUUCUUUACUAUGUUCAUUCGGGAGGAGUCCAGUGCUGAUCUAUUCGGAACCGUCUAUUUCAUCAAACUCACUGUCAUUAAUUAGAAAGCGGUAUCUUCAACGGACCAGAGAUGCAGCUCGAUAAUACUUUUGUCUUCUCCGCGUUGACGAAUAAAACGACUGAUAUAGAUGAUAGCUUAACGCCAGGUCUCGAGCUUUCCGGACUUAUCAGCAAUAAAUUCGACAUCCAUACCACGAACAGGGUAACUCGGCACAGGGAACCUAGUGACGAGACUUCGGCCGUCGCGAGCGACGACGUUAACCGUGUGAGCCGCGGGGCGGACGCAGCGCCGGUGGCUUGCGCGUGAAUUAGUCUAUAGCGGGGCAAAUUUGUGAAGCAUCUACUGCACUCUCCCCUCUCUCACCCAUCAGGCCCCGAUGGUAAGACUAAGGUGGGCUCGAGCGCAGUGGUUAACGGAGCUAAUAAGUCCGUCUGCGCAUGCCACACACAGCCUCACUCCCGCACGAUAUACCAGGUUUCCGCAGGGUAGGAGGAGACUUUGAUCUCGCGUUCGCGAGAGUGCCACUGGGAGCACAUUAAGAAGGAUCUAUUGGACUGACUCCCAGUCCUCGAACCAGUCACUCUGCAUACACACAGUACUGACCACGAGGACUGGGUUCUCCAGUCAGCUGGCAGCUUUCCAAAUGACGAAGUUUAUUCCCAUGAUAAUUUCAAAGCCCGUCAAGUUUAUCGUAGUGAGGAAUGCACUGGGGCGCUGUAGGGAUGGAUUGUCUAAGGUUAACCUCACUCCCUCGUCCCUCUCUCGUGUACCAGUCUGCUGUUCGAGUCAGUCACCUGGCGCCGGGGUUGGGCACGGUGUCUGACAAAGCUGCAACGGUUUGUCUAGAUGUGCCUGGUUAGGCACCAAGUUGCGCCAACGAUGCAUGUUCUGUUCAAGGCGCGUAUGGCCGAAUAGACCCGGGCGAUAGCGGAAUGUCCUUGUACAGUGUGGACAGAUGCGACCGGUGUAUAUUGGGCCUCCCAACUCUAGUACAUCAGUCUCAGUGCGAUGGAUUCGCAAGUAUCCCACCAGACCCGUGCGUGAUACAAAUGCGUGGUGGCAGUAAGGACAGGAUAGGACUAUGGCAAGCUAGCUGACGGUGUGGCGAUGCAAUUAUUAUUGGUGACGGUGCUGGUGGUAAGGGAGUUUUCAGCUGUGGCAGACAAGUCUGGAAUAAUGACAUUGCGGUGGAUUCCGCUGUCACGGACACGCAUAUGGUCAAUUAAACCCAUGUGAUGUCUGAAUAUUCUGAGUAUUGUAAGAAGAUGAAACACUCGGGGUGGGUGUAUGUCAGGGCCACAGGUACUGGUUCGUCAACUCUGUGCGAUUGAUUCGCUAGUGACUGACCAGGCUAAUGAGUGACGAGAACGUGCGGGUCCACUGGUGACAGGUUGGAAUUUAGUCCGUAUUUUGGUGGUAAAGACAGUGGCGGCAAUGUUUUGCAGGUCGGUAUAAAUGUGCUUAUUGGUGUUGCAGGUGGGAUGCGCAUUGGUGGUGUGUUGGGAGGUGAGAGGCGGUUUGGUCGUGUGGCGAUCGUACGUGGUCCGUGGACGUCUAACGACGCCGAUCUAUGUCUGAGACGUCCGUUGGCAGUGCGGGCAAGAUGUCAGGGGUUGAGUGCAGUCGUUGGACUUAAUUCAUGUGGGUCAUUUUCCUUGCCCUGACUGCGGCCAGUCGGUUGUCUUCAAAUGAGAGAUGAUCUUUUAAACGUGUGUGGAAGAGAGUACAGUAACCCGUGACUGCGCGUUUCGGCGCCAGUCACUGAGCUAUGUGCAUGUGGCAGUGAAACCGUAAGCUGGUUAGGAUGUCGUCAAUCUGCCUGAACGCAUAACCACCGUUGGAAUGCUAGAACAGCUGAUAUGUUCUUCAAUUUAGAGGCGCAUGAUUAGCUUUGCAAUGUGUGUUUAACGUCAAUACGUCUCGCAUUGAAAGGGCUUGUUUCAGUGUUACAGUUCAUGAAUUUUCGAGUGUAAAUUUCCAUAAGGCAUGCGCUGCACACUAUCGUGAAAAUUUCAUAAACGCAGACUAUCCCAGAUGCUUCAAUCACUACGGUGUUCCAUAAACGCCUCCUUUAGCUUAUCCCGCGAAUUUUCGGUAAAGACUGCUGUAAAAAUCAAGUUAGUUGACUUAUUUACAAUUCUGGUUGACUAAAAAGUCCGUGUGCACUCUCGCAUUGUAUUAGUUUCGAAUAUGCACAUGCUAGAAAAGUACUUUUAGUAGCGUCUAAGAUGCGUCAGGUUGGUAUUUUAGUUCUCACAUAGCCAGCUCGUGCACAUCCGACGCUCUAUCCACCUGAGCUACGAGGCUCUGAUCGUACCGAUCUGAAUUCCACCAAUGUUAUUUGAAGACCACACGUUUUCUUUGUAGCAUUUGGAGCACCCGAAUCAUGCAAGCCAGCUCGUUCAGCUCCGCUAAUGACACCAGAUUGCUGAAUGUGUAGUUUUACACUUUCACAAUCAAUUGACUCAUUUCAGGUGCUUCCAAGAUGUUGAUCGUCGUCUAAGGCUCAGAAUCUCAGUUGUUCUUUGAAUCCAAUCUCACAAGCAGCUGGCUGACAGUCGACUGGUGUGCGGGAAGGAGAAGACAGAGGAGUGAGUCCGACACUGGGGCAUACAUCUCCACGACAAAUCAACGCAUUCCUCGAUAUAGCAGGUCUGACGCGCGCUAGUAGUCGUUGCUUAAAAGGUUGAACACUAACGGGAGAACUCAGUUUUCUCUCAGGACUGACAGUCAGGCUGUAACGGCUCCUUCGCAAUGUGGCCUUUAUGGCUGUCUCACUGGUGUAAGACCCGAGUCUGGGGCAAAUUUAGUGGGAGCAGGUCGUGUGUGGCACGCGCAGACGGGUUGUUUUAAUUUGCUACCCACUGCGCCCACACCCACCUCCGGUCGUCUUGGGAUUGUCCUCCCAUCGGAGGUUAGUGGGUUAGGGAGAGGAGAGUGCAACAGAAGCUGCUCAGAUUUACUUCACUAUAAACUAAUUCUUGCGCAUGUCACCGUGGCUGCAAGGAAAAAUAGAGUAAGGCAAAAUAAUCACAUUACGCGCGAACUGCAAGUAUCCCCAGCCGUCUCAGAAUGCUCAUGGUAACCCCACCAUAGUGGAGGUCGAUGCGCAGGCAGACGAAAAAUCUCUCAAAGGAGUGAUCCAGUUCAGCUUCUAAGGUCUCGUCCCGAAUAGGAAACCUCAUAAAGAGCCCAAACUCCACUCUCUGAAGACGCGACCGAAAGUCAUUGUCCUUGCCUUAGUUUGGUUGUGAAAUAUCUCCACUACAAGACGUUCUCCUCUCAGAGAUCACUGUCCUAAACCGCCACCCACAAUUAAUCCGCAACGCCCUCAGAGGACAGCUCAGUAGCAGACAAAUUUGGGGAAGAAUGUGUUGCCAGGGGCAACGAACCCGGCAGUGGAGGAAGCCGGAGAGAUGGCACUUGAUGAACAGCGGGCCUUGAGCAGAUGUGUGGGCUACUAUCUUACUCGAUGCCGAAGUUUCUUGAGUCAGUACUGAUUGUAGCCGACGUCGGUAUACGUAAGUAGUGAACGCUCGUAAAAGUUGCGAGGAAAAUUUGUGGAGCAUAGUUCUUUAAAGGAAACUGGAAGAUAGGGGAGGCGUCAACUGCCAGCCUUCCAAUUUGCCUCAGAACAUGGCGGUUACCAUUCGCGCCACAACCAGUCAUGUAGGUGCCAGACAGCUACUGAGUGGUAUGAGGGUUUGUACUAGCGACCACCUGCAACCGCCAAACAAUUACGCCAUAGUCACCUUGUCUUUCAUAAAGUCAGAAUCUUUUUUCGAGUAGAAUCCGUUUUUGCAUCACUCAUUAACGCAUACUUGGGGUACCUCUUCAUGCUCUGCUCACCUUUGGUCUCACUCGGAACUUGCUAGCUAGGGUCAAAACCACCAUGGACGCGCGCUCAAGCUAACCUGACCAGCACAAUCGACUGACUUACUACUCUGGUGACACGAAGUCAAUGUAAGCGUUCCAUCUGUGCAGCCGUGAUCACCCAGAGAUCCGCGCACUGUAGGUAGCAAGAGCGGCAGCAGCUAGUAACCAUGUACUGUCUCGUAGGAUUUUGCUUUUUGUCUGCGUAGUUAUAUGAAUGUAUCUGUUAUCGGACCGUAUUCCAGCAUCCAUGCCUGGGGAUAUUGUUUGUGUUUAGGAAGAAACGACCCCUGCAAAUGCAACGAGCACGUCGGUUGGAAAUAUCACGGUGAAGACAAUUGUGAUGACAAUUGUGAAGACAAUUAUGAUGCAUCUUGAAUGUGGUCUCACCUAGUUUUUCUCCUUUCUGUCCCACCCCACUGCGCCGCCACAGGUUUGCGGCCCAACUCGUCCCUACGUGGCCAGUAAACUCAUAGACAGCGCACACGAGAUCGCUCUUCGCGCAGCCAGGAAGCUUUUUGCACAGAUUCCAAAAAUGGGCGGGGACGAAUUCUCCAAGCCCUUCGUUCUACGCCUUGAAAAGGAACUCGCUCAACUGUUGACAGACUACAAGGAGUCGAACACCAACAAGAACACUCUUGAGGUAUGUACCGAGUAAUUUUUCUUGAUCCCAAUCACUUACCGGUGCUCCGACCCGGUAUGAUAGCAUUUCACUCCUUUUAAGUUCGAAGUCCGUGCUGUCUAGUCGUGUAUGCUCCCUCUGAUAACCGUAGCAGCUUUAGUAGGACUGAUGAACAAUUUUUCUCCCCAAACGGUGUACAAGAAUCCCUUUGCUUUAUAAUUAUAUAUUUCGUGUGGAACUAGCCCAGUCGUUUCCACGCCAAUAAUAAUGACAACGGGCUGUCUUCCACACUGACGCAGGUUUGAGACUGUAUGUUUAUCAGCUAAGACCCAGUAAAUAUAUCGACGUUAUCUCCACGGAGCCGGCCGCUCUUUCCGUGCCGAAUAGAGUUUCAAGUCAGUCUUCGUGUGCGCAUCUCGUAAGAUGGGUUAUGCCAGCGUUCUUAUUGAUUUCGUUUGUAACUGUGCUAUUUUGUUCGAAUUCGAUCGGAAAAGCUUACGCUAGCAUGUUGUCUACCACUCAACAGCCACGUUGUCAAGGGUAAGACCGAGCCAUUGACUAUGUUGUCAACUGGAUGCUCAAUGUAGGCAUAUGCAGCUCCAUGCUUUCAUCCACAACAUGCCCAAGAUAGAUUUUAACUACCAGACAAUAGAAAAGGAUUUAGACGAACUAGCCAAAAGGGGGGGGGGUAUUUCAACAACAAAAUUUUCCUGAAAAUGCUGGCUAGCAUUAUCUGUAUGGUGGAAGUCCGCAUACCCGAGCCCGAUACAGUAAUCAAGUAUUGAGGGCCACUAGGCGAUGUAAUAUGUGCCAAAAUAGGGUUCGCACAACCCAGUUUGACAUUUCUCAAUGUUCGAAAUAGCGCGCUGAACUUCGGAAGAUUCAGGAAAGAAUCCUCAACACCCGCACCAAAGCAGUACGGAUGUAUAUGUUGAAAUCCCUAGCCUUCCUGGCUGAAGGCUUGCCAGAACUAACCUUUCUAGACGAGGGGUGCCUGAGACGCACCCACAGUGGUAGGCUGACAUGAAUUUACUUGUCGGCCAGGUCAUGACGUAAACGUGCAUAAGAGCAGUUUCCAAGUUCAGGCAGUCCCACCAAAGCCGUUCUAAAGUGGAAAAGUAGGACGGUUGCCCGGGUGGUGACGAGGGUAAGAGGGGUAGCACAUGCUAAAACUGAGUUUUCCAGACUGAGAAGCAAACGCCGUCUGCGCUGUCUUCUAAAUCGUCCGCUGGAUCUCAAUGACGCCCCUGCACCAGUCCUGUCUAUGGCUCACUUGUUUGGUUUCCGCUUUACUACGUCUCAGCCCAUCUCCUGGAUGAAGUGGAGUGAAGUGGGAGACACAGAUACAUUGAAGUUUGAGCAUGUUGUAGUCAGAAUAGGUUCAUUGAGAAGAGGCAGAUGCGAUCGCUGGAACCUAAAGUUUAUUUGCCUGGCACUUUUCCGAUUCUCGCUUAAAGUCAGCCUCAGAAACAACAUAGGAUGAGGAUACUUGAUACGCAAGGGUUGCAGCAUUUUAGGAAACAGACGCUCGCGACCACACAUUUGUCCAAAUUAGUGACUUCUGCAUUCAUCGUAGAUGGUUGCGCAUGGUGCGAUCAUUGAUUUCUUGCGGACCCGCAUUCAAGUCAGCAAUGGCUGCGACUUCAUCUGCAGUGCUGGUUUUUGACGUGAUAAUUACUCGGCCGUUUGGUUUGCUCGUUCAUGCGCUGCCCGCAUGGCCAAUUACCCUGCCCAGGUAAAGUCUUGGCACAGAAAAAUUCGGGAAGUCAUUACAUUCGUUGAUGGACUAUGGUCCGAAGAAACACAAUUGAAUCAGCUCGCGGCCUACGUACUUGCCACCUCCCUAAGAAUGUUGGCUUCUUCGAACUUGAAGAUGUGGCCGGGUCCCAUCGAAUGAGCCGCGACUUAAAAACUAGCGUCAUUCCUCCUCACUGCUGUUGAUUUUCCGGCCAUCCGCGUCCGAAGUAGUCUUCCAUCUCCGCCGACGCAGUUGCUCUGCUCGCAAACGCAGCAUAUCCGACAAACGACCUUAGACGUUUCCUGUCGCGGCACCUGAUAUUUACCUUCUGUCUUUAUAACCCCAACUCCAAGCAGCGUGAAAAGGCGGAUGACGGUGUCCGGAACUUUCUUGACGCACAGGAGCGCUCGCCAAAAUUUGGAGCAGAUGUGGCCUGGUCUCUUGUCUAGUUUGCACCUGCGCCUAUUGGCAAUGUUACGUGGACUGCCAUUCAUUCUGAGCACCUGCUGAAGGUAUUUUAAUUUGGCCACCCUGUCUUCUGAUUCCCGGCAGUGCGCCUGCACACGCCGAUAUAACCCCACUACACAACCGCCUGGUUGGGUCGCCGCUGCAAAUCAGUACUGACAUCGUAUUUGUCACUUUUGUGUCCAGGCCACCACCGUCUUCGCGGCAGACGAAGACAUCAGAGAAGGCUAGCUGGCUGUUUUCUUCCCCCUCCAUCGCAAAUUGUGUGUCAAUAGAGAGAGAUGUAUAUUCUAUUUUGAAAGUACCAUUCCAAAAUUUUCAACAAAAAGGCCUUUAUUCACUUUUAAUAAAAAUGGGUACGCAAAACAGAUAACGCCAGCGAUAACUGCUGAGGAUUGCAACUGUCGAAAUCAUGAAGAAUCACCGGCGAAUAAGUUGCAAAGUUCGCGUCAGAUUUUGCCUCCUUCAAAACGGUGCUAGCGUAGUGUGCGGAUGACCUCAUUAUUGUGGUUCUGAUAAACAAAGAGGGGAAAAAUCAUCACAUACUGAGUAGAGUAGGCCAACGGAUGUACAUGCAAGGAAAUCCCCACGUGAACGCAGAGCAGAGAAAAGUGUCAGCUCAAUUUUUAAAAGCCCACCCGUUGUAUAGUUAUUAUUGGCAUGUCCACGUCGAUGACGACGAAAAUGUCAUCCGCAGACCGAGCCCAUAAUUUUGAUCUGUGGUGUCGGACGACCACCUACUCCAGCCGUUACAGAACCGCCUCGGCUAUGGGCUGCGAAAUCUGAAUAAAUUAAUGCGCGCGUUUCAUAUGGUCGUAGGAUGUCCCGUCUAACGUCAGGUACGUCUUAAAAUAGACCUUCAGCAGCAGGAUUUGGACGUGUCCAAACCGUUUCUUCGUUUCAUCGUAUUUGCUUUGUAAAGGUGGUUUGAUGAUCUCGACUGCCAGAUCCUGGGACAUAGAAGUAAAGAAGGAAGCGACAUCAAAAAUGUCAUGACCUCGUUUGAUGGGCGAAUCGCCCUUCUAACCUACCCCAAAACUGUGUUGCCGAAAUGACCGUGGUGUUUAAAUUACCACUUACAACUUUGAGAUGACGAAGCAGCCAUUUUCUCAGUCCAUGAGUUAGAGUGCAGGAAGGCCAGAAGGGAGCAGCAUAUUUUGGUGUCCUGUGAAGGCUAUAAAAUCGGUCUAAGGCCGUUUCCUGGUGUCUUGCCAUGCUUCACUCCAUUGGCGAUAUUACACCUGAAUUUUAAAUUUCCAACAAAGUCGUAUUGAUUUCGCAUGUUUCACUAUAGUAGGAAUGGCGUUCACUGAUCAGGUUAGGGGACACGCUCAUUCCGCUGCACUUUUAGUGCUCAAUCUGGAGCCCUCGCAGCCAGUUGCAUGGUGACCAGCAAUUAUAGAGGAACCAGUACCGCAUGAGAUGUCAAACUGGUGAUCCUCCAGUAAGCUCUUGGUCUCCUUACGAGAGCCAGUCCUGUCCCAGUGAUCGCAUCUUAUUCUCAGCUGCUUCCGGGAACUCGCAUUUUUGCUUGUAUCAGCGACGAGUUCAUUCUAAAGACCCCCGUACACUCGCAUCACUUUCGAAAAUGAUACAUAGUACAGAUUACGCCGAGAAAACGGGCAAUUUUUUCUGCCUUGUUUCUGGUUUUUACGGGAAAUACGCGUAAUGUAGACUUAAAGGCGCUAUCCUACCCGCCAUUUUAAUGUGCAUUUUCAAUGCGUGCCCGACGCAAGCCAUUCGCCCGCCUGAGCGUCAAAUAUUAAACUGCUGCCGUCAUUUUUGUCGCCGUCUGCGUACCUAAACUUUGUUGUGUCCCUCGCAGUGGCCGCAGUUCGGCUUACCUAAAUCGUGGACUGCGAUUGCGCUUUUAACCGUCCGCGCUUCUUCCACUCGCCUACAUUUCCCACCCCAUACGUUCUUUCACACACUUCGGAUCGAUUAGUCUGUGAAGUAAUAUUUCAGCCAACCCCUUCUCAUUGUCCAAGACUGAACGCACGCUUCUACAAACCUCAGCGAUGGCUUUGUGCCCGGCACCAACAAAAGUCCGCACCAGUGACACUCAUCUGCGUCUACUAUCGACAUACAUUUGGGGUUAGGACUGGAUUUGUUGGACCUCCCCCCAACACACCCUAACACCUACCACCAAAACACUCCAUUCAUCACCAAAUCCGCAAACAGACUCUAAUGGGGAUGGCUGUUAUCACGUACGACAAGAGCCCUACUGAAUUCAAUGUAUCGCCUGCGGAGUGUAUCGCUUGCGCCCACUGUUGUUGAUCAUUCUAAAAAUAGUCUUGGGAGUAUAUCAAAUGGAAAUUGUGUCUGCAGUCUCCUAGAAAGCCGCUCAUCACAGUUUCCACUUAGAGUCCAACCUGCCACUCGGGUAUCCGGUCUACAGUUGUCGCCACUACUUCCAAACGACACAAGAAUUGAAUUACCACUCUUUUUGUCAUGGACUACUUCUAUUUAGCAAGUUUCUCGUGCGAAAUUUCACAGCAUAUGCAUGGAGACCCUGAAGAGUCCAGUGAGAGUGACACUUCACAACCCCGAGUAAACUUAAUCAAAGGAACUUAGGGCCACCAUGCAACUUGAGACGAUGUGUUUCAGUGCACUCCCAGAAAAUGUCAAAAUCUGGUCUCGAUUGCGGACUUUUACAGCAAACCUUCACUGCCUCGAGUUUCUAUAUGUCAGCUUCUGAAACAGGCGAGUAUUCGAAUUCCCCUCGGUCAGUCAGCCUCGGCAUAAGUUUUUUAGCCGUGCCAUCAAGGUCGGGUCCCAAAUAUCUUGCUGACUCGUACUUGAUUGAUUAGAACGUCCAUCCUGGCGAUCCAUAUGAAAGAUAUCCUGUAAUAACGACGACUGAGCACACCUUGUCUUGCGUAACGUAACUGCAGUCUAGCCCUUUCGAAGAAAUUAUUAGAUUUAAUUUGCUUUCAUGGCGAUAGCUGCUUCUUAGGUUUUUAUUCAUAGUCAGCAGUUCGGUUUCAUCAGAAGACUGCUUGCGAAACCUUUUAACAGGCAAGUCGAAAAGUGUGCCUGGUUUCCUACGUAAAAUAUUAUCUGGGUACUUGAAGGCUGAAAAACCAUAAGUUUUAAGAUCGAAAUUCCCUCGGGUAAUGUUGCGGAAUUCGAUUUCUACGAAAAACUAGGUAGACCAAAGAAGAAGGUUUAUUACACAGAUAAUGUGUUUGCUAUUUUUCAGUUCCUGUGCAGGUAUUAAUCUUGCGUUGAAGGGCCUACAAAUAAGAUCAAGGGCAGCAAUUCAUAAGAGGUCUUUUGUAGCCUGUAACCCACCAUCGUAAGACAUGAUUCACGGCUAGCAUAACUGUUGUCCGUAGUUUUGGCAAGUUUAUCAAACAAUCAGGUCAAGCACUAGGGACAACUGUUUGCAGCUUAGUCCUCAACAAAACUUGUGAAAAGAAUCUGAUCUCGAGAAAAUAAGGGAGUUCUUUGGCGAAACCGAAAGAACACUAGCCUUAACUAAUGUUACUACGUGCAGUAGUUGAAGAAACUGUUGCAAUGUGAUUAAAUUAACCCAAAAAACCUCUGUGGCGUACUGGCCGAACACUUUCCAUCUGGGAGGGUUUUAUUAAGUCAAAGAAACUGUCCUCCAAAAGAAGACAUAGUUAGGUUUUUAGAUUGUCAGUUAGUUGUUGCGAAAUAGUGUUUUUGCCAAAAAAACAACACCUAAGAAGGAGUAAGUUACAGGUCACUUUUUGGGCUUACCGUAAAAGGAUAAUGAAAGGAAUUGCAAUGAAAGCAGAAAAUAAUGAAAGACCAUUUCAAAUACAAAGCACUCGUACUUAGUUAAUCGUCUUUUCGCAUGUAAUACACUCGUUGGUCCGGCGGACAUAGGGACUAUUAAGUUCGCUGUGGUGAACUAGUAUGUGCAAUCAUUAAACACAACAUCUAUCUUCUGUUGCAUUGAAGUGCUUUCUUACCUUAUUCUAACUUCCUUUCAAAUCACUCCGCGAAGAUUUUCGUUCAGCCAUGCGGGUUUGGAUGAAAGUGCUUUGCGAGCCGCCGGCGGAGAGGCUGGUUGUGACCUAAAAGUGCCUUAUAGUCGUUAGAUCUAUCCGACUAGUACCUCCUCUGAGAGGUCAACAGCAGCUUCAUCCUGCAUCAUUAUGGUUAUCCAUUCACUGUCGCCAAAUGCCAUUUUAACCGAAGGCAUCCCUCACGAUGCUGAUCAAUGCCCUGCCGUUAAUGGUGUCUGUUGUUGAUUCCAGAUUGGUCACUCCUAGUUUGAUGGCCAUCGAAACCGUCAGCCCCUGACAUUUUGGCUAUAGGCCUAACCAGACGGGAACGGUGCCUGGCCUUACUAAUAAAAUUGUAAAUCUGAGGGCGAAAAUUCCCGACCGUUGUGAAACGAUGAUUUCCCGUCUCUCUCUCUCUCUCUCUCUCUCUCUCUCUCUCUCUCACUCACUCACUCUCCCUCUCCCACAUUGUAGCAUAUAAAAACGCCCGGCGUCCUUGCAGUUAUGAUUCUGACAUUCUACAUAGUGACGGGUUUCUUCGAGGUCAUCGGUCUUUCUGUUGUCUCCAACCUCUUCAUCGUGCCUUUCUGGCUCUUCAUUGUCGCACUUUUGACGUGGACAGGCGUACGGUUUAGUGGACAUGCUCCGCAAGUUGGCGAGGUGAUCGACGAUGGAGCGCAGAUCCUUGUGGACUGGGUAAGUUUUACGACCCUAUUCUAAAGCACCGGGUCUUUUAAACUUCUCCUUUCUCUGGAUACCUCUCUCUCUCGCAGCUGCCCCCGUGCUUGUUUGGGUUGUGUACUCCAAAGACCGUCUGGCCAAGUCUUCUGUGACCUGAAUCGUGCUUCCUUGGCAAUUUAAAUUGCACUCGGAAGUUAUUGGCUUUCUUUUGAUUAUUCCUCCCUCUUUCCAGCAGAUAAGUCUUUGUAAUUAUGCCGAGCGUUAACAUUUAACAUCUCGAGGAUCUGACUACAAUCUCUACUUUGUCCCCCUCCAUUACAUAAGUGCAAUAAUUGCCUUCCAAGGACGUUCCUUUUUCCAGGAGCGUUCAUCUAUGCAAAGCGGUCGAAUCAAAGACAAGAAGUCUUAAGUUUCAUACGUUUAACCGCGGAAGCUGCCUCCUACGAAGCGUUAAUUAAUGGAAGAAUUCGACAGGAAGCACGACACUACGACAGCUUGACCAUCGCAAACGACUACCUUCACCUAGUGUCUCACGGGAUGGGCGCAGCAUCGGCGACUCGCGCGUGAAUUAGUUCACAGUGAGACAAAUUUGUGCAAAAUCUCCCACGCACUUUCUUCCACCACCCACCUUGCUCCAAAGUCAGGGCGGCCGGAGCUGGGUGUGGACGCAGUGGCUGGCAGAGCUAAACAGCCCAUCUACGCGGGCCACACACGAACCGGUUCAAAGAGUGGCUCGGAUCGCACAUCAGCGAGAGUAUCGUUAAGACCACAUUGAGGAGGAGCUGCUGAGCCUGACUGUCAGUCGUGAGGAGGACUGAGCUAUACCGUCAGUUGGCACUCUUUCAAGUCACGAUAGAUUCAGGUGAUUCGUGAUAGCCUCAGGUUCGUCUGAUAUAGUAUAGUGAAGGAUGUGCUGAUUUGCCGUGGGGACGUAUUACCUCCGUGUCGUCUCACCCCAUCCCUUCCCUUUCUCAUGCACCAAUCGACUGCCCGGGCCUGUCUAGCAGCUAGUGUUGUGAGGGCCUGUGUCUUAGGCGUGCCACAUGUACGGCAGCAGUUAUACCCUCUCGCGUUCCCAACGCUGCACAGUAAACGCGUACCGUGAACUAGUGUGAACUUCGUUGUGGGAAGUACAAGAUGAACGCGCAUGAGGUCUCGUAAGAGGCCUUUGGCUCUUCAACCUACGUCCACCCUUUGGACGCUAAAUAGACUGAUUUGUCCUCAGUUCCAUGCUUAUUAUGCCCAGUUUCCAGGCCCUAAUGAAUAAAGGCCAACGAUAUUUCGACUUGCCCGACUGUCGUCAGACCACUUGGCCCUGAUCUUCUGGUUGUCAGCUUAACCUUUAAUGGGUAACGGUGUACUAUAUGGCACUCCGCCUACAGGUGCGGAUCCCUUCCCCAGAACUUCUGUUUUGAAGCACUUCAUGCGCCUCUUCUUAGCAGACGUAGUUUUUUUACGAGCGUCCUUGGUGAUUGCCCACUAGUAGAACCAAAAGUCACCUUUUUGUUCAACGCGCCACGUUUUUUCUCUUGUCAAUUUAUUCCUACCAGUUGAGUCUGUUUCAGGAGUGAUUCAGUGCCUGCCUCGCAUUAGGGCUAUAUUGCAGAGCCAGUUCACCAUACCAUUGUCUUUAAUGGGAAGCCCACUGUGAUUAUGUUUUUAUGCCCCCGUUCCUUGCUGCGACUAUCGUAGUGUGCAAGAAUAACUGGAAAUGGUUUCCCUGUCGUACACUAAGAACAGUAGUUGCCAAGUCCCUAAAUUCUCCGUCAGAUCGAGGACAAAACCUAGGUGAAGUUGCAGUGCUGAUAAGUACACUACCCGAUCUCGUUUUCAUCAACAGGCAUUGCAGUACUGUUAUUUAUAUGAAGAUCUUGUCAUAAUCCUGCUCGAUUUUACUCACAAUACCUGCUUACGUAGCAUGUAUGCUUGCGCAACCUCGGUCAUUCUUCCUAAAGCUGACAUUAUGUUGGCGACGAGCUGCGUGUCGACACGCAAACAAGGACGCCAGUCGCCAUCUUCUCUAGGGUCGCCGGUCUGUGUAGUGCACUUUGUUGCAUGACGCGCUGUGUCUUCGAUCGGGUCAGCGGGAAGUCCGUCUUCCGAGGGACCUCCCUCCUAGCCUUCUGACUCUACGCGUCGUCAUGUGGUACCAUACCCACCAUACACUUGGCUUUAAAGCCCCCAUCUUUCCCCCAUAAGAGGUUUUACCACUAGACAGUGGGAAAUCGACACCAUUUGUCGUGUCUGUUAUGUUUGGCGUUCUCCGACCUUACUCAUGCUGUCCUGAUUCAUAUCGUCAAAAAGCAAGCCAGUCAAUCAGUUUUGCGUGAACAUGAACUCUUUAUUUGUGCUUGUGUGCAUACUGCUACCAGAAUUCCACUAGUCUGAUCGCCAACUGUCGACCAAACACCUUCCAAGCACUCGCAUAUUUUAGGCAAUUUCGACUUGCAUUCAUUUUCGUCUGUCCUCCCUCUCUUCUUCGUCGAGACGUAGACAGCGAAUCAUUGAGGAGCAAACCAUUCGCACAUUUUGCAUUCCCGCAAUUCCACAUUUCUCAUAGUUCCAAGAUCAUCAUCAUCAUCAUCAUCAUCAUCAUCAUCAUCAUCAUCAUCAUCAUCAUCAUCAUCAUCAUCAUCAUCAUCAUCAUCAUCAUCAUCAUCAUCAUCAUCAUCAUCAUCAUCCUCAUCCUCAUCAUCAUCAUCAUCCUCAUCAUCAUCAUCAUCACCACCACCACCAUCGCCACUACUGGCUUUCACCUUUUUAAGCCCAGUUGUGCAACAUCCGACAAUGUUACCUGCUUAACUCCCACCUUCGACUCACAUUGUUGUGCUGUUGUGUCGAAUAAAUACAUGUAUGCACUGUGUCUGAACAGUUAAGCCAACAAGCCCAUUCUAUCAAGUGUCUUAUCAACUAUGCUAGCAACUAAAAAGACAUUCGGUGACGAGUCCAUGGUAGAGGGGAGAAACCUGUUGUUCAAAUAUGUUGUCGGAGCUGUACUCGAAUUAACACGUUGAAGUUGUACGCUACUAGAACCCCUGGAUAAUGACAGGGCAAAUCUGCCGUUGGUUGGUUUGCAACUUUAGUCUCCAUCUCGUGAAGUUUUCUACGCUUCUUUUUCGCUGCCAGCAAAUCCAUUUAGCUAUUACGGCAGCAUGCCUGGAAACAUAUCUACCAUGUUCAAAUGGCCUUAAGAGGCAACUUCGGUCGGACACGGGGCUAUAGAUGCCACCCCCAACUACUACGGGUGACCUCGCGCUAAGUUCCAGGGGGCUCCUAUUCCCGCGUCCUAACUUUGCCCUAAUCCGAACCCAAAGUCCAACACUAACCCUAGCUCUAACCCUCUUCCUCUGGAGUUUAGGGCAAGCCCACCGGGAAUACGGGGGAGUCGAUAUUCCAUCCCCCAAACCGCAGAUUUGAUCCUCCCAUUGUUGUUCGCGAGGCGUCAUGCGAUCUGCGCCGCCGAGUCCCUAGCGGGUUACUUGACUACGUGCUGGUUAUGUACUGCACUGGUUAGUUCAAAAGUUGUGGGUGUAUACGUCUUUCGAAGUGCGUAGAAUUUCGGCGGACCGCUCUAUCGACUAGCGAGACAUGAUUUUGAAGUCAGGUGGUGGUUAGGUCUUCCGACGGCGCCUGACUGCAGAACAGUGUACGAACGUACCGUUUUGCCUUGGUGCUUUGGUCUAGAGCUCGCGCAGACGACAGUGUCAAUGAUGUAUUGCUGACGAUGGCCUGGAUGACUGGAUUUACUGGCCCAUCUGUUGUCAGCGUCGAUGCCUGUCCUGGGUAGACCCGCGAUGUGAACCUGAGCCCAGUUCAUUACUAAGUUUAGCACUCGUGUUCAUGCCAUUUGGACUGCGGUCGGGAAUUUUUCAAACCAAAUGGGAAGUAGCGUCACCGAUUGUGUAACCUUUCGCAGCAUUAUUUUCUACAUGGAAGUGUACUUAAGGCUUUACUUCAGCGUUUCCGCCUCUGCUGUUUCCUGCAUCCCUUGGCACCGUGCAGUAAUCCUUUCAUUGUUCCCCUGUAGGUCAUCAGCCCCACCGUGGAGAAGAUUGGGCAAAGGGCAGCCGCCCACGCACUGGGAGUGUCACCCACCUAA